AUGGUCUCGUUUCUGUUUUUCAUAAUCUUGAUCAAGUGUUUGAUAAUCCCUUUCCUCUUCUCCAAGACGGAAGGAUCCCGUCCUUUUGUCCCAAGAUACCCUCAUCUUGAUCCUCUCCUCGGAUUAGAUCUCGUCAUUCGUUCCUGGUGGGACUUCAACAACGGACGUUUAUCCGAAGGCUUCAGACAAAGGCAUCUUGCCUACGGGCCGACUUAUGUCGCGAACACGUUUGGGGCGCCAUGCAUUUACACUAUCGAACCCGCAAAUAUUCGUUGGAUCACCACCGAAGGCUUUGAGCAGUUUGGGAAGGCAGGCUGGGUCAAAGAAGCCGCAAAGCACAUCGGUGACGGCAUCCUGAUGAACGAGGGCGCGGCUUGGAAGUACUCUCGGAAAACCCUCAAGCCCAUCUUCUCCAGGACAGCGGUCAACGAGCCUGCUCUCCUAGAGCCUCACGUGCAGCAUCUGAUCAAGAACAUGCGCCGUCUGUCUGAGACGGCUGGGUCAUUCGACUUUCAUCACUUGGCAUCCAUGUUCACCCUGGAUGUCGUCACUGAUUUCUUGUUCGGGAAGUCUACGAGAUGCCUUGGACGAGGAGCGAAGCAGACAAGCCAUCAACACGGACUGCGUUUCCUUGCUCUGGUCAAGUAUUUCGAGGGGCCGUCAGGGAAGUUCAUAGCUAUCGGCCCACUCGCCUGGCUGAGCCUCUUCACAUCAUACAAACGACUUAUCGGCGUUGUCAACGGGAUGAAGGCUUUUUUCAGGAUGCAAUUGGACGAAAUCAUUGCCGAGAUGAGCAGUGGAGGGAGCAAGGGCCUGGCGGAAGGAAGAGAAAUACCACCCAGCGUCUUCAGGACCAUGAAAGCCGCAGGAAUAUCUGACAAUCAGAUCCAAGGAGAGUUACAGAACGUUUUCUUUGCCAGCUACGAUACCACAUCAACCUUUCUGGCGAAUCUGAUGUAUAUCCUUUCACAACACCCCGACACACAGCACAGACUUCGGGAGGAGAUUGCUUUCCUAGGACAACGGCUUCCUACUGCCAAGGAACUAUCCACUAUGAAGUUCUUGCGUAUGGUCAUCAUGGAAGCUUUACGUCUAUAUUCCCCCGUGAGCUCUCACUCUCGGACAGCCAAGGUUACCACAACUCUUCCAACAGGAGGAGGGUCGGAUGGACGGAGUCCUAUCCCAAUCACGGCUGGGACGACCGUUGUCUGGAGCACGUAUUCCCUAAAUCGAGACCCUAGGCUUUACGGUGAAGACUGGGCAGCCUUUCGGCCCGACAGGUGGACCACGGCGAGAGACUUCUUCAUGCCUUUUGGAUCGGGACCCCGGGCCUGUUUGGGCCAACAGAUGGUACAGACUGAGGUCAUGUAUGUGGUUGUGAGAUUGUUGCAGGAAUUCUCUCAGAUCUCGAUGGCUGCUGGAGAAUGCAACAAGCCGUUCAAGGAGGCAAAAGCAGUAUCAUUCUAUAGCGACGGUGGAGUUCACAUCUGCAUCAAAUAG